AUGCUCUGUAGCUUCUGCUCAAACAUCGAUCUUGAUCAACUUGCUACUGAUCAAGGGUACAAGCAUCACGCUAGCUGUGCCGAAUUGUUACACUCUGUUAGGAAUGGUUGUGAGUCAUGUAAAUUGAUAUGGGACUCCCAAUGGACCGAGAUUGGAGGAGAUCUUCUGGACCAACGAUAUGACUUAGGUGGGUUAGAUAUGCAAAUAGUCGCCAGAGCGGUACAUCAAAGCCCAGGAAGUUACGAGAAAAUCCGUUAUGGGCAAGAAAUACGAUGGCAUGACCAUCAAUCUAGGCGAAUGACACCUGACGAUGACAGGCCCCCGGAGGUCCCAUACCUCUGGAGUUUCUUGGCAAUUGCAGCAAGGCCUGAUGAUCUUAGCUCCAGCUACCUAAGACUUCGGUCACUAGCAUACAGAUCAUCGGAAAACUGGCAAAGCUCUGCCUCCAGUUGGAUCAAUGACUGCUUGGCCGGCCAUGAAGCGUGUGCCCCUCAAUCUUUGGCCACGAGGCGGCCACCAACUCGUGUGAUUGAUGUUGGACCAACAGACGGUUCCACGGAUCCCUUGCUACAUAUCUCUGGAAACGAUGUACAAGAAUGGGUUACUUUAAGUCACUGUUGGGGACAGAGCCAACCGAUCAAGACGACUCUACAGUCGAUUUCAGACCAUCAACACUCAUUACCAAUGAGCAAUCUCCCUAAGCUCUUCUAUGAUGCUGUCGUUAUCACUAGAGCAAUGCAUUACAGAUAUCUCUGGAUAGACUCCCUUUGCAUUAUUCAAGAUAGUAAAGAGGAUUGGAUGCGGGAGAUUUCGACCAUGGGAGAUAUUUACAAGAACUGCGUUUUUACGAUUUCCGCGGAAAAUUGUGCUGAUAGCGGAGUUAAUAUUUUGGGAAACCAUGUCUCCCUUGAGACAGAAUAUGUACAGCAGGGGUGCCGCAGCUCAAGAGAUGGGUUCCAGAGUGUGAUGUAUACUUUCGACCGUGAGAGGUGGCAAAGAGGUGGGUUGGAUCACAGCUUUUUGAAAUCACGAGCGUGGGCUCUUCAAGAGGACGUUCUUUCUCCACGUACUUUACGUUGGACGCCAUUGCAAUUAGUCUGGAGCUGCCGCUGUACUACUCGCUCAGAAGAUAAUUUUACUGAAGAUUGGCCUAGGACUGUGUCGGGUUUUCAUCAUCCGGCAAAAGUAAUCUGCUUGUCACCUGAGCGGCUUGAAGUUGUCAGACAGGACGAUUUGAAAAUCCAUGAUGGUGCGCCGGAAUGUGACCCUCUGCAAAUCUGGUAUCGUGUGGUUAUAGAUUUAUGUAGCCGAGAUAUCACCUUCGAGGAAGACUGUCUUCCAGCUAUUUCUGGAUUAGCGAAGGAGGUCAAAAGACACACAGGAUAUGAAUAUCGGGCCGGUAUCUGGACGCAAGAUUUCCAUAAUGGUCUGCUUUGGUCUGUACAAGACGGUGGUUUAUAUCCAUCAACAUACGUUGCGCCGUCCUGGAGCUGGGCUGCCAUAAAAUGCGGUAACCAGGUGCGUCCGGCUUGCGUUGCACCUACUUCACCAGUAUUCACUGGUCUUGACGAAAGCAGUCUCACUCCCAUUGCUAAGAUCCUUCAAAUAAACUUGGUGUAUCUUGGAGAAGAUGAGUUUGGACCGAUUAAAUCCGGUGAACUACGCAUCAAUGCUCCAUACAAGAGCGUAGCUUCUUUCGAAAAUAACGAAAUAAGACUUCCAUUGGCCAAGGAUAUCCUAAAACUGUUCGGCAAUAACUCCUUCGUCUACAAAAUAGUGCCAUCUACCAUAACUUGCUGGCUGGACGAUAGGCCGGUUGAAGAGGAAGACGAGGAAGUUUUUCUAAAUACAAAACUCCAAUUAAGAGACCGCGGUGCUGUCGUGGUAUCAAUUGCCUCUGUCAAAUUUGGUAGCACUCGUAUUAUUGAGCCUUGGAACUACUACUACUACCUUAGUAAUAUCGAUGAGUCUCUCCAAGACCAGAACUGGGCAUUGAUUUUAGAACCAGUCAUUGGUGCUGUAGAUGAAUGGAGACGAAUAGGAUUAGCAAGAAUUGCAGAUGGGCUGGUCGAUAGAUGGGAAUCUCGAGAUUUUACGAUUCUUUAA